AGAAAACAAAGCCAAUCUCCUCGCCCCUCGGCCCGCUAGUCUGAAUGGGCAGCGGCCCUGGCAGCUGACAAGCGCCGCACCAACGUCUGAUUUAACGCUGCGUGUUCCGACGACCUGCCAAAACGUCGCCAGAGAGUCCCCGAGUGUGUUUCGUUGUUCGUGUGGGCGAAGUGCUGUUCGAUGUGACUGAAUCACAUACGUCUGGUGCAUGCUGCUUGCUCAAAAGUGUUGCCUAACCAACGGGACUUUCGAGUAACUCAUCCGUCUUCUCUCCGGAGAUCCUGGUCAACCAAGGCUUUCAACGCUGCAAGCACCUAUCGCAACAGUGGCUGGUUGUCCUUCUUCGUUGGAUUUACUAAGUAUCCAGUUUUCGUUAGCAGAAAAUUUCCUAGAAAGCGGAUGAAUUUCUUCGGCGAAGUGAUCAAGUUUUCUCAACGAGAUUCAGUGUCGAAGGCACUUCGUUCAACUGUAGCGCAGUAAGGCAGAACAACGUUGAAGCGUUCCUCACGCAUUCGCUUUCAUCUCAUAUCUACUCCCAUCCUACUUUGGUAUUUAGUUGAUUGAUUCAUCUUUUACUCGAUAGCCUUCAACUAUUUCGUCAUUACCCACUGCUACAGCUAGGCAGUUCAAUAGUAUGAAGACUUAGUUGAGAGUGAGUCCAGAUGGUGCACUGAGAGACGCUGGUUGCAACACCUUCAAGAGAGACAAGCCUUGCAUUAGAGGGAGUCUCAAGGGGAAACGCAAGUUGCUUCGCACGAAGCGAAGCACCUCGGCUCAAGACGGUUCGUUCGCACUCGAAACCGACGCCAUUUGGAACCGCCAUUACGGGGGACCAGAGUGAAGACGAGUGCAACAGCGCAGACACCGGACAGGAGCCGCAAAGGGCCCCUCACGACACUGGCGAGAACAGGGAGAGGAGCCGCAAGCGAGAAACUGGGGGGUAGUCGCGCAUAACAAGGACUCCAUAUUUGAGUCUGAUUGAAUCUCACCGUGAAUAGGGGCUUGUGGACUGAGCCCUGAAAUACUGAACCGGCUUUUCCUCCGGAAACCUGUAUUUCUCUAAGAAACGCUCCCAACUCACGAGAGCAUAGAGAUUAGUGGCCGUUUCCAUAUUCCAAGUGAGGGCCAGCGUCUACACGAAGAGCGUGCUUGAAGCACUGCCACUUAAAUUUUUUUCAAGCUUCGCGUUCAGAGGGUCCUGAGCAACGAAACCAGUGUUUCGAGUAAGCUCUCAUGAUUUUCACCUGAACAUCAUUGGCCGUGAAGCAUAUCGGAAUAUAGUGUUAUGAAAAACCUAAUUGAAAGAGGCAACCUGACAGCAAGCACCAACAAAUAACUCUCAGAGGUGUGUUGUGCCGAGCACCGAGUGCAAAGAAAACUCAUUGACGAGCACUGAACAUGGAAAAAAGGCCGAUGCUACCUCGAAGCGGCAACUCACUUUUGCCCUGCCGCUGGGUUCUCACGGCCUUUCUGUUCAGUGGUCUGCUGCUUGCCUACGCUCUGCGCUUCUCCCUGAGCGUCGCGCUGGUCGCCAUGGUGAACCAGACGGCGAGUGCGCAUGAUCUUGGGCCCGUGUUCGCCAUCCAGCCAACAUCUGCCACCACCAUCUCUGCAGCUGCGGCUGAGCCCAUGGACGCGCCGCCCGCUAACGACACAGGCACCGCCACGGACGUCCCCGUGAUCACCACCACAGCAGCUCCCUAUUUCUCCCGAGACGGCGGCUACGGCCAGUGUCUCGCACCUGUCCCGCCGCAAGAUUCCCACAAGCUUUCCAGCGAAGGUGAGUUCCCGUGGAGCCCGUGGACGCAGGGUGUUGUGCUGGGUGCCUUCUUCUACGGCUACGCAGCCACCCAGAUGCCCGGAGGAUGGCUGGCUGGACGAGUAGGGGGAAAGUGGCCUUUCGGACUCGGACUACUGGGCACCGCACUCGGGUCCCUGGUGACGCCCGCCGCCGCACGUGCACACUCUUCAUUCUCUCACGACGCCGGAGCCGCAGCCCUGGUCGCAGUGCGAGUGCUCGAGGGACUCGGCGAGGGCGUUACGUACCCGGCCAUGUUCAGCAUGGUGGCCGAGUGGGCACCACCGCACGAGCGCGGGUCUCUGCUCGCUGUCGCCUACGUCGGAGCCAACGUCGGUGCCAUCUUGGCCAUGCCCGUGACGGCCAUGUUGUGCGACACCAUCGGAUGGGAGGCCGCCUUCUACGUCUUCGGCCUGGUGGGAUGCGCCUAUUUUGUGCUGUACGCGUGGCGAGUUCGCAGCACGCCUGAGGAGGAUCCUUGGAUUAGCGAUGCGGAGUACGACUACAUCGCCCUCGGACGCACAGCUAGGCCUUUGCCACCAUUACAGGCAAAAGCUCUCGAGGCUGGUAGCUCGGACCUCCUGAACGCCAAGGAAUGCUCGAAGCACGGCACACCGUGGUUCCAACUGCUGACUUCUGCACCUGUGUGGGCGCUGACCGCAUCUCGGUUCGCUUGUCUCUGGGGGCAGUUCACGGUGCUCACGGGCCUGCCCACCUACCUGUCCGCCGUGCUACGAAUGCCACUUGCCAAGGUGACUCAGCGAUCGUGUGUGAUAUUACUUUCUUCAUGUUUCGCCAUUUCAUUUCUUGCGCAGAGCGGCAUGAUCAACGCAGCCAUGUUCGCUGCCCAGAGCGUGGGCAUGCUUGGAGGCGGUCUCCUGAGUGACCGCCUAAGGAGAAAGGGUCACCUCUCGACGACUUUCAUAAGGAAGCUCUUCCAGACUGCUGCCCUGACUGGUGCGGGCCUUCUGCUGGCGUUGGUGCCGUCGGCCGGAUGCAAUCAGCUGACUGUGACAUGCCUCCUGGUGCUCGCCUUGGGAGUUUACGGCUUGGCCGCGGGAGGAGCCACACCCGCUCUCGUAGACAUGGCGCCUGCACACGCUGGUAUUCUUUACGGCAUCGCGGGAACUGUAUCCAACGCGUCCGGGUUCCUGGCUCCCAUGGUUGUUGGAAUGGUCACUUCACCAAUGCCGACUCUGGACAACUGGGCCACGGUUUUCUACCUAACAAGUGGAAUCUUUUUGCUGGGAGCGCUGGCCUUUCUUGUGUUUGGCUCAGCUGAACUGCAACCUUGGGCGAAGCCUCCGCCUCCAUUAGAAACUGUGGCGACGCACAUCGAGCACCAGCACGCCGACGGGGCACACCGCUUCGAUUUAACCACAAGCUUUGCCGAGAGCUUCCACAUGUUCUAAGAGAACAACGUGUUUACACUGACCGGAUGCGUCAGCAGAAGCGACGCAUUAUACACAAAUCCAGCGUUACUCGUAAUCAUGUAUACAGUAGACACCUGCUUAUGUAGUGAGUUUUGAUCGCUGCCUGACUAACUAAGAACUUGCGACAAGAGCCCUAGUCGAGGACAUUUCUAUUCAAGGACCUCAGCACUUUGCAUUAUCGCUUAAAAUCGGUGCUCUACCAUCCAGUGGUAUAACGGGUGCGUCGAAGAGAGCAUCUUCAGCAGAAGCGUUGAGUGAAAUAACUGCUGUAAAAUAGCGCGAACUUUUUCGUGAAAGUUGCUUUCAGUAUGUUCAGUUUUGCUAUUGUUUCUUCACUGAUUGAAUAUUCACAAGUAAUCUGUUGAAGUUAUCAGGUGCACAGGUGGUGAAGGAAUUUCUACUAACACAAUUUACGCACUCGCCAUUUCGAGGAGCUCUCGCAACUAUCGCAACUCAGGAAAAUGCCUCGACACCUGCAUGAUUUGUGAAUUAUUGGCGAGUAUUCUAAUGUCUACGCUUUCCACAAACAUUAUAAAAAUAACCCUCUUGUCCCCUCAACGUGUCGCUACUAGUGUGCCCAAUACAUGGUGAAUUCGGAGACUGCAGUAUCGCCCAUGAUGCAUCAUAAGUCGUUGUGUAAGAAGAUGGGAGAUAUAAUUUUAGGUAGGUCCUUGCACCUAAUCAAAUUUUUCUUGCGGAAAUAUUCAUCUGCCAGAGUAGUCCGCUGACGUGAAAGACCGCAGUAAGUCAGCAGCCGCAGCGAGACAAUGAAUUUUGGUCUGUGCCUGGACGAAGCAUUCAUAAACGCGCAAAGCGCACGUAGUAACAGAACUGCGAUGUGUGAACGGUACGCUUAGAGAACUUUAUUGGAGUGCUGACGUCAACUACUUCUCAUUUCUGCCCCCUGUCCCUCAUUUCUUCAGUCUCAAUGAAGUACACCAGAUUUUUUUUUGGUCCGUUUGACCUGGGAGCAACGAAUCCUACUGCUGCGAUCAAAAACAUCGGGAGGAACUCAAGAUCUGUGCUGCAUUUUACCAGAGAGAUCGCGGUCUUCGAAACGGUUUGUUAUCUGCCACUGCCAUUCUCAUCCCGGAACAAACGGUCUCUCCUAAUCAUUCACUAUCAUAGCCUUGCCUUGCAUGCCACACCACAUUGCUAACACCAGUACGGUUGCUUUAUUUAUGCUUGCCCCGGAAUCUCAUCACUACAUGCGUUUGUUCCCUUGUUGUUUUUUCGCUCUUUAAAACUGACUGUACAGGGCAUCACACUUGAGCAGGGAUAGCGAUGGAAACCAAGGUGUCAUCUUUGAACAUUAAUCGCUAGUUUACGCAGGCUUGCUCAUGCCCUUACUACUUUUAUGGUCGAUUUCGCCCACCAGAGCGAAAAAUGUUGCACAAGCAGUUCUUACUCAACGCCUGUAACAUAAUUCACGGCCAAGUCCACUGCGUCCCACAAAAAAAUCCUUUCUCUUCCAGAUAAGUGUCAUGUAUAACUCAGUACAUUUCUAGCACACGCUGCCAUUACUCCAGCUGACCUUUCUACUUCCCACAGCUCUGACUACAGCAACGCAUACUUUCUUUACGUAUUGUUGCUGGUUUGUAGCUCGUUUAAUUUUAGAACAAACUGUUCGUGUCUGUAUAAUAAACACAUUCUUAAAACGUU